AGUAAGUUUUGAUAGUAUAUCAAGCACCUUUGGCCUCAUUUUAUUACAAAUCUAAUGUCUUUAGGCGCAAAUUCAGGCCAAGGUUUAUCAGUAUUGAUAAAAGUAAGUUAUAAUUAUCAUUCUCUUCUAGAAAGGAAGAUCAUAGAGAGAAAUCGUAGAAAAAAUUGUAGAAGAAUUAACUUCAAUUUUAAUUCAUCCAUUUCUCAAUACUCAGAAAGCAUUACCAAGCUUGUUAAAUAUGGAAUUUUCUCAAUAAUUUUGCAAAAAAUUGAGGAUGAUUAUGCACUUAAAAGAGGAUGUGCUCAAAACAAUUUUCCUAGAACUAUUAGCAAGAUUAGGACUGACUCUGAUACUAUAAAAUCAAGUCAUUUUAACAUUAGGAACUCAGUUCUUGAGAUUAGGUCAAAGAAAAAUAAAAUUGAGCAUCCGAAAGUGAUCAGGCUCUGAAGUCUGAGAAAGAACCAACAAUACUUGAAGCGAAUUGAUAUGAAGUUUAAGAAUUCUGAGGCCAGUCAAAAUAGCCCGUUUAAACUUUACGCUACUGAUAAGCUCAGCGAAGAGAGUAUCUCUAUCAGGACAGAUAGUGACUUUAGCUUUGAAGACCUUCCAAAAAUAAACGUGGUUAAAGUAGAUGCUUCUCAGAACAGUAAUUGCAUUUGCCUUAAUGAACCCUCAAGUGCUUCACAAAUAGAGAGCGAAGGACAUGGCCGGACUGAAAAACUCUCUCCGUUCUUAACUGAGCCUCCAGGCUGCCAAAUAGACUACAAGAAACAAGACAGUCAAAUAAAUUAUUUAAAUGUAGAUACUUUGAGACCUCCUUCAACUAUGGAAACCCUUCGAAUGGACUUCGAAGCUAUGAAAAAGUCAUCUGAGCCACCUAUUACUAUAAACAGCGACUUUAAUACAUCUUCAAUCACCAAUAUGAUGACUAAAAGAGGAGGAAGCAUCCCUAAAAAUUCUCCAGACGUUAAAAAGUUGAAAGAGAAUCCCAAAUUUCCAAAGACCUUCUCAAAAUUACAACGGAAAGCUCUUACCAAAAGAUUCAAAGCGAGGAGAAAACGGAAUUUGUGAAGGGUUUAUAGCCCUAAACCAACCCAGAAGGAGAUUAGGAGGCUCAGAAGGAUCAAGUCAUUAUAGCUCUUUUCCAUAUUUUCUAAUAAAAAUAAUAUUUUAAUGCAUGCUA